AUGUGCCAGAAAAGUGGGCAGGAAAUCCCCUCCCUCAAUUUUGUAGUCAAUGAAAGAGAAGAAUUUUUAAAUAUAUUUAAUUAUAAGAAUGUCAAAUGCUUUAAGUCCUGUAAUUACAUCUACAUUGGACAAUUUAAAAAGGAAAACGAGCCACACGGAAGCAAAGAAAACGACUAUGAUUUGGUGUGCAAAAAAGGUGAAGAUAUUAAAAAAAUCGAAACGAAAGAGUUCACAUCGAGCAGAGAAAAAUCAGACAAAAAGAAAAAAAAUAAAUGCAGCAAAUAUAUAAAAGAUGGCUAUGGAAUUUUAAUAACGUUAAGAAGAAACACCUUUGGGCAGGAAGUAAUUGUGAAUAAGUUCAUUGGUAACUGGAAAAAUAACAAAAAAUGUGGAUUGGGAUUUAAUUUAUAUCUUAAUAGGAAUGUCUAUUAUGGGUAUUAUGAGAAUAAUGAAAGAAAUGGAUGGGGCCACUUCGAAUGGAGAGACAAUGAGUCAAGUUAUGAAGGGAACUGGGUCAACAACGACAUGAAUGGCAAAGGCACAUAUAAAAGUAAAAAUUUUUUAUUCGAAGGGGACUUUUAUAGUAAUAAAUUUCUUAACUCUUCUGGGGAAUGGAUAGAUGUGGUAGCCAUGGAAGAGGAAAAAAAAAACGUGAGCCUUCUCAAAACAUAUGUAAUUAGUGGUGAUGAAAUGAUGAUCGAUUUAGUUUGCCUUCCUUUUGAUUUCUUAAAAGGUCAUUUACAAAAAAUUGCAGACCUUAUUAAGUACAAAUAUAACAAGGUUCCUUUUUUCAUGUGUUCCAAGGGUUUUAUCGAGAAACACAGAAAUUUUAACUUGUCUAAGUUUAUAUUUUUAAGUUAUUAUUUUGGUCCUGAUGAGCCAUUUUGCGAGGAGAGCAGUUAUCAGCUUCUCUUCGACGGGGUACAAAAUGAGGAGGGAAAAAGAAGCGAGGGAGGGAAUUCAAAAGUAGGUCGGGAUAAUCCAAAUUUGAAAUCAUUUCGGAGUGGCACCCCUUCGGAUGAUGGUGAAGAAGUAGAAGGUGACAGCAGUUCGCGGGAGUCUAGUUGUUCCAGAGGUUCUGAGAGGUCGGAUGAGUCGUCCAUCUCUCGAGCGACUAGUUCUUCCGGCCUGUCCGCCAUCACCAACAGCUGCUACAAUUCGCAGUGGAUGGGCGAGCCCCAUGACGAUUUAUACCACCCAAAAACGCACUCCCUGAAUAACGCCGACAUAACCAGAAAUGAAAGCAAAGGCAGUAGCGAAAGUGACCUGAAGGAAUACAUAAAAAACGCGAAUAAAUCGAAUGACUUUAAGGAGGAAAGCUUAGCCGAAGAGCCAUCCAAGUUUAGUAACAGCUGCCAAAAUGAAGUGAACUUUAACUCGGACAGAUGCGAUGAAGAUAUAUGCUACGAGAUGGAAGAAAGGAAAAAGAACGAAAUGUACCAACUGAUGAAGAAGUACGUGAAUAUUUAUGCCAAUUCGGAAGGCACUUCCAGUGAGUAUUCGAUAAGGUCCAGCGAAACGGAAAGCUCCAAUGAAGGGGGAGGCUUCCUCAAAGUGGAAAGGAAGGAAUAUUUUGAUCGAACGAAGUGUGGUGGGAACGAACAAUCGGGAGGAACUAAAGAGACGGAUGGGAAGGAAACAGUGGGAGAAAAUGCCAACCAAAAAGUGAAUAACGCAUGGUCAGGAGAGGGUAAUACGAGUGGGACGAACCCCUCGGAAAAUAGUCCCCCUUUCAAUAUGCGACAAAAAAAAAUCGAGAAGGAAUUAUCCAAGAUAAAAAUAGACACUCAGUUUUUGGAAAAACUAAAAAAUUGCAAUCUGACAUGUAUACACAAGAUAAAGCAAAAAAUGGCAACGUCCAUGAUGCUGAAGUACCCAUUUAUUUUUAGCUUAAGCAUGAGUGAAGACAAGAAUAAGUAUGAAACUAUAACUAAGGAAUUCCUUUUAGAGAGUUGCACAAUCCCCACCUUGUGGUUUUUAAAGAAUUAUUUUGGAGCUACAGAGAAUAAACUACCCGAAAAAAUUUUUUCCCCUCCCUUUUUCGAUUUUUACAAUUCAAAUAUGAAUAUGCCUAUGCACCCGCAUUUCCAGAGUCCCCAAAAUAACGACGACGUGCACAAUUUUAAUGGUGGCGAAAUUUCGCCGUUGAAUUUUUUCCUCAUCACAGAUUUGUUAGUAGGGGACACGACAGAUAUCAAGCAUUUAAAAGGUUUAGUGAGGGACAAAUUUAUCAAUAUUUCGUUUUUGAGUAACUUAUUUUUUGUCAUUCUAGAGUAG